UGUUUUAAUUCCCCCAAAAGGAUAUAUUACUAGAAGUUGCCACACCUACUUUUUAACCAAUAUUUUAUUAGGUUUUAAAUUUAUUGUCUUAAUCACUGAAACGCUUCAUGGAGCGCGAUAAAAAUAUUAUCACACGUGCUUAUGAUUGACGUAGAACUUUUUUGGCACAUGGCUGGAUCGUGAACUAUAUGAAGAAUGUUGACACCAAAUUUUCAACUGAAGCAAGAUGAGGAGACCUUGACAAUUGUUAUCAUGGCUCCACAUGCACGGGUAACAGACACAGAAAUUUUCAUUGAAAAAGAUGAAUUCAGGUUUCAUUCAAAGCCAUAUUUUUUAAGGUUGUCUCUUCCUGGGAACAUUUUGGAGAAUGGACACGAAAAAGCAAAUUAUGAAUCGGAAAAAGGUGUCUUCACGAUUGUGGUCCCUAAAGAAACACCGGGAGAAAUGUUUGAGGGAUUAGACAUGUUGACAUCUCUUCUGACUCCUAAGUCACAGAAACACAAGAAGCCUGUUAUUGAAGUCAUCCAGAGUGGUGACGAAACGGAAAUAUCUCAAUCACAUGAAGAGGAGGAAGAAGAAGAAUUUGAUUGGUAUGUGGAACAAAAGCCGUAUAAAGAAAACGAUCUCUCACUGGAUGGGCCAAAGUAUGGAUUUGCCAAUCAGAAGUCGGGGGUUUUCAAAAGAUUACAGGAUGAGGUUUACGAGAUUGUGGAUUUAUCCGACCCCGAGAACUGUCCACCAACAGACAGACGGCCAAUGAGAGAACUGGCAGAAACAGAAAAGUUUGACCCAGACCACUACAUAGCUGACCUAUAUGAUGAUGACAGCAUACAACACAGAAUGAAAUACGAUCCUCCGUGGUGUUUUGUGAUUGGGGAAAAAGACACUUCACCCAAAAUUGAAUUCACAGAUGAAGAGAAACAGAAAAUGAAAAACCUGCCCAAGAAAGAGUAUCUUUUGGAUGACGCUGUAGUAACGACCUUGUAUCUAGGUUUGAUUGACAUUCUCUUUGGUUAUGCUUACAAUGACAGAGUGAAUGAAGGGGAAGAAAACGUUGAAUCUGGUUGGACAAUCUGCAAACUGAGUGCAACUCUCUCCUGGUUAGAGACUUUCACCAGUGUUGAGGAAGUUGUGUUGUCGUGUACAAGACGGAGCCUGUGUUACCCCCUUUACAGACACUGGACCCUCUCCAGGAAAGUGCUGCAGGACGUCCAUAAUAUACUGACCUCAGGCAAGCAGCAAGUCUUAAGAUGUUUGUUGGACGUCCACACAAUAAUGGGAAGCUGUUAUCCUAGGUACAUCCUGAAUGAUUUAUACAUCACAGACUAUUGUGUGUGGAUUCAAACUACAAGUGACAAAAGACUUAAGGCCUUGGCAUCAACACUAAACCAGGUAAAAAUACAGAAGGAUGAUAUUGGAUUUGAUCUCAAUACCUUGGAAACAUGUGCAGCCGACACAAUCAGGCCGACUGACCGCACAGACUCGACUGACCACACAGACACAGAGGAGGAAUUGAUUCAGUCACUGAAAGCUGUCAGUAUCAAGGAGGUUGAAAAUGACAGUGAUGAUAAUAGCGAUGACAGUAGUGAUGAUAGUGAUGAAAGCAGUGAUGAAAGCAGUGACAGUGAUGAAUAUGAGGAUAAGAGUGAAUCUGAAGGAAAUAUUAUAGAUAGAAGUAGCAGUAAUAGUUGAUGGACUCUUUGCUUUGAUACAUGUACUACAAUGUAAAUUUUCACCAUAGGGGUUGGGGGUUAGUGAAACAGUUAUGAAAUAACUGUUCAUUGAAAACAUAAAUGAAAGAUGCAUAGAAUAUUAAAGCAUAAUUUCUUUAAAAAUUAAUUGACGUUUUGCAUUUUAAAGGAUUAAAUACAAAGGGUUCCAACAGAAUUAGAACUAUAUCCAGAUUGUAGCCCACUGAUAAAACUUGUAGACUGUUUAAAUCUAGGCUUACAGUGUAUUGCCCUGUACCACUGAAAUAAAGCAUAAUGUUAGUCUUCCAUGGAAUACCUCUCGAUGAGGCUGAGUAUUUCUGGAUCACUGGUGACAUUUCUGGGGUCCAUGGAUCGUUCGAUUGUUAGAAGGUCGGGAUAGUUUUCAAGAAGAUGUUGACAGAGUUCCCGAGACCUGUUGGCGCAUGCGUUGUACAGAAUAGUCUUUCCGGCUCUAGAGACAUGAUGCACAAAUAAAUUGUGUUCUCUCACUAAGAACUGAAGUAUUUUUAGCCUUUCUUCAUCAGCCCCUCCCUUUUCACUGAGAAACAAGGCUGCAUUCCAUCCCUUUUUACUCUCCUGUGUAACUAAAUGUGGAUACUUUUGUGCUAUAUAUACACACAUAUCAAGCCUUCCAUGGCGACAGGCAAUGUGAAGAAUAUUAAUUUUCUGAGAGGACGGAUUAUCAGCUUGUAGGUUACAUUCAUUAACCAAAAAUUUUAGAACUUCAAUGUUUCCACAUUUAGCUACGAAAUGGCCCGCAUGUCUUCCUCUCUUAUCCGUUGUGUGGACACAUUCUGGUGUGUAUUUAGCUAUAUCCUUGCAUGCUUCAAGACGACCAUUUUCACACGCAGAGUGGAAUGCAGAUUUCAAGUCCUCGGUGGAGUUGAUCACACGAACAUCAUUUUCAAUCAGAAACUUUAGGUUUUUUAUAUCUCCUGACUUGGCUGCAUACUGAAGAGGGUUCCAAUCCAUUUUGUUUUUUCUUUUGAUGAUGUUCUCCUCUUCAUCAUCUUCUAUGUUUGAUGACUCCCGUUUACAUUGCUGGUCUUUUUCUGAAACCAUUUUCAAAAUUUCCAAACUACCGCCAAUACAUGCUAGAUGUGCGAUAGAUUCACCAUAUUUUGUGAAUGCUUUGAUAUCAAAUCCUCUUUCAACUAUGCGCUCCACGACAGUUUUUUUCCCAGCAAGUGCAGCAUAACAGAAUGGGGUUAGGUCAUUUUUGUCCUUGUACUGCAACAAUUUGUCCCCCCCUUUUUGCAAAAUUUUGUCAAAAAUCUCCACGUUGUCACCUUUAGCAGCUAUAUGUAGAGCUGUCCUGCCGAUAUAUUCUUUUUCACAGACAUCUACUUCUUUGAAUUUUAACAGAUCGUACACGAUAUCAUAACUUCCUCCAUAAACAGCGUGAUGGAGGACGGUCUGGCCUCUGUUGUCUUUCUUUAUCAGUAAGCUUUUGUCGAAGGUUUCCGGCGCCGUCAGGGAAUGGUAUUUAACCUUAUCUCCAUUUCUACAUGCUUUUACUAGUUUGGAGAGAGUCUCAUCUACACGAAAUUACAGAAAAUAAGUAAAGCAGAAGAGAUAUCCAUUAAUAUACUGAGAUAUCUAUUAAGUUACAGAAAUAUCCAUCAAGUUACAGAAAUAUCUCACUUUUGAAUAAAUUUAUCUCUGUAACUUAAUGGAUAUCUCUAACUUAAUGAAUAUCUCUGUAACUUAAGAGAUAUCUCUGUAACUUAAUGGAUAUCUCUGUAACUUAAUAGAUAUCUCUGUAACUUAAUGGAUAUAUAUGUAACUUAAUGAAUAUCUCUGUAAAUUAAUAGAUAUCUCAGUAACUUAAUGGAUAUCUCUAACUUAAUGAAUAUCUCUGUAAAUUAAUAGAUAUCUCUGUAAAUUAAUGAAUAUCUCAGUAAAUUAAUAGAUAUCUCUGUAACUUAAUGAAUAUCUCUGUAAAUUAAUAGAUAUCUCUGUAACUUAAUGGAUAUCUCUAAAUUAAUCUGUAACUUAAUGGCUAUCUCUGUAACUUAGUAGAUAUCUCUGUAAUUUAAUCUGUAACUUAAUGGAUAUCUCUGUAACUUAAUGGAUAUAUAUGUAACUUAAUGGAUAUCUCUGUAACUUAAUGGAUAUAUAUGUAACUUAAUGGAUAUCUCUGUAACUUAAUCUGUAACUUAAUGGAUAUCUCUGUAACUUAGUAGAUAUCUCUGUAACUUAAUGGAUAUCUCUGUAACUUAGUGGAUAUCUCUGUAACUUAGUGGAUAUCUCUGUAACUUAAUGGAUAUCUCUGUAACUUAAUAGAUAUCUCUGUAACUUAAUGGAUAUCUCUGUAACUUAAUGGAUAUAUAUGUAACUUAAUCUGUAACUUAAUGGAUAUCUCUGUAACUUAAUGGAUAUAUAUGUAACUUAAUGGAUAUCUCUGUAACUUAGUGGAUAUCUCUGUAACUUAGUGGAUAUCUCUGUAACUUAAUGGAUAUCUCUGUAACUUAAUAGAUAUCUCUGUAACUUAAUGGAUAUCUCUGUAACUUAAUGGAUAUAUAUGUAACUUAAUCUGUAACUUAAUGGAUAUCUCUGUAACUUAGUAGAUAUCUCUGUAACUUAAUGGAUAUCUCUGUAACUUAAUGGAUAUCUCUGUAACUUAGUGGAUAUCUCUGUAACUUAAUGGAUAUCUCUGUAACUUAGUAGAUAUCUCUGUAACUUAAUGGAUAUCUCUGUAACUUAAUGGAUAUCUCUGUAACUUAGUGGAUAUCUCUGUAACUUAAUGGAUAUCUCUGUAACUUAGUAGAUAUCUCUGUAACUUAAUGGAUAUCUCUGUAACUUAGUGGAUAUCUCUGUAACUUAAUGGAUAUCUCUGUAACUUAGUGGAUAUCUCUGUAACUUAAUGGAUAUCUCUGUAACUUAAUGGAUAUAUAUGUAACUUAAUCUGUAACUUAAUGGCUAUCUCUUUUAUGUGAUGAUAGCUGUACUUUAAUAGAUAACUAUAAUUUAAUGGAUAUCUAUAAGUUUAUAGGUAUCUAUAACUUAAUAUAUAUCUCAGUGAAUUGAUAGAUAUCUCUUUUCUGGAGUUUUUACUGUAGGGAUUGUGUUUACUGUAUAGUAUUACCAUGUCUUCGCGUUGAUGCGCUGUAUUCAUGUGACGAACUUGAUGAAGGAACUGCCACGUAACUGGUCACGUCUGCAAAGGAAGAAACCACUAGAUGUUACUUGUGUUGCUAUUCCUCUCUGACCUCCAAACAAUUUUAAAUGUUCUGUAUAUUUGAACUUGUUACAUUCAUAGGUAAGUCGAUAGAUAUAUGUUUUGAAAUCGAAACACGCGCAUUUCGAACACCCCCCCCCCCCCACCCCCCCCAUCCGACUAUAGUAUUUUGAAGUAAUUUUGAUUUUGAAAUUUUCAUACACCUUUUCGAAGUGCAAUGCCAUGUAGUUUACAACAACCCAUAUGCAACUAUAUUUAUAUGUUGAUGUGUGUGUGGGAGUGUUAGCAUCGAUAUAAUAUGGAACAUGUUAUGUCUUUUCUUGCUAUGACAUAUGAUACUUGAAUGAAUUAUUUAAACUUGU